UAUUUUUAUGAGUUUCACCCUACUGAAAUGUCUAUGUUUAUUUUUAUUUUGAAGUGGCAAUACAACUCUUGUGGAUAAGCAGUUCCUACGUAGCAGCUCUUAUACACUUCUAGCUUAAAGUCUCCAAGAUACAAUGAACAGUAAGGACACGUUUAGGUUCUUAGUUGAACAUGACGACAUGGAUUUGAUACUAGAUGAGGAGAAACACAUGUUUGCUCUUUUAGAAGAAACGUGUGGAGUGGCAGAAACAAAUACUAACAAACAGUUAGUGAGGACAAACCGAGGUGGAGGUUGGCGUCGAGUGCAACGUUUCAUGAACGAUUCCGAGGUACAGUGCUAUGAGAUUCUUUGCAUGAACCAAGCAACAUUUAAUAGCUUAUGUAAGAUACUAUCAGAGAAGUAUCAGCUAGAAGAGACUUGCCAUGUUUACUUAGAGGAGAGUGUAGCAAUGUUUUUAGAGAUGGCUGGACAAGAUUUAUCCGUACGGGCUUUAGCUGAGAGAUACCAACAUUCAUCUGACACAGUGAAUAGGAAGAUAGAUGAGGUUUUAAGUUCUUUGUUGAAACUUGCAGCAGACAUUGUGAAACCUGAAAGGGAUGAGUUUGCAAGUGCUAGUCCUAUUCUAGUAGAUGAUCCGCGAUAUUAUCCUUUUUUUAAGGAUUGCGUAGGUGCUUUAGAUGGAACUCAUGUGCCGGUUCGUCCUCCUUCUGGGAAUGCCGAUCCAUUCAGAGGUAGAAAAGGAGAACCAACUAUGAAUGUCUUAGCUAUAUGUAAUUUCAGCAUGAAAUUCAUAUAUGCUUAUGUUGGGGUUCCUGGGAGAGCACAUGAUACAAAAGUGUUGACAUAUUGUGCUAAGGAAGAAGCUUCUUUUCCUCAUCCUCCAGUUGGAAAGUAUUAUCUAGUAGACUCUGGAUACCCAACUAGAACUGGUUAUUUAGGACCUCAACGUAGAACUAGAUAUAGCCUGGAUCAGUUUGUUAGAGGAGGACCACCGACAAACAGCAGAGAGUUAUUCAACCGAAAACAUUCUGGCUUGCGUUCGGUAAUUGAGAGAACAUUUGGAAUAUGGAAGGCUAAGUGGAGGAUUCUUGACAGGAAGCACCCUAAGUAUGAGCUGAAUAAAUGGGUGAAGAUUGUGACAGCAACAAUGGCUCUCCACAAUUUUAUAAGAGAUUCAAACCAUGAGGAUUGUGAUUUUGCACAUUGGGAAAGAGUGGAAGAAUAUGAACAUCAUGGGGAUGAAGAUGAUCAUGUUGCAUACGUACCAGCUGGAGAUAGAGUCAUGGAAGCUAUGCGAGAUUCCAUUACUGAAGAGAUGGCGAGAGGACGUCGACUUCCAUACUAGAUGUAAGUUGUUUGAUAAGUAGUUGUUUGAUGGUGUCUUUUGAAGCUCUCUCUCUUUGGGCUUUGUAAUGUGUAUUGAUGAUCCCUUUGUGGCAAAUGCUUAUUCUCGUUUUUUACUUCUUCUUUGUGACUAGAAGCAAGCUGUGAAGAAGGAUUUGUUUCAGUUGUUUGCUGAGACAGUUAGAGACCACAAGGGGUUGGAAUCAAGAUGAGCUGUUAUGGAGCUCACGUGUGGGUUUGUAAUUUUGUUUCCCGCUUUUUUCUGUUCACUUCUAGUAUGGGUUUGUAGUUUUGUUUCCUUUGGACCAAUUGAUAAUGCAAACUCAUUAUCCUUUUAUGUUUAAGUUUUUAUUUACCAUGAUCUAUUUAAAGUUUUUGAGACUAUCUUAUCUUUAUUUAUUUUUGGAAUUGGUUUUGAGUUAUCAAUAUAUCAAAACUAUUGUUGAAUUUUAGUGUGUUAAAAUUUAUCAUAUAUCAAACAAUUGUUAGACUUUUAUUUAAAUAUUUUAAUCAAAUUUGCAAAAUUAUAGUCAUUAUUUAUAAUUUCAUUGUCUUAUUUUCAUUAAAAUAAAUUUAUGAAUUUUAAAAAAAGAAUUUUAAAAUUAUUUUUUUUAAUUGUAAUUUAGAUAAGAUAUUAAAAUUAACAGGAUUAAUAUAAAUAAUAAUCAUGAUUUAAGAGUAAGAUAUAGAUAAAUUAAAUACAUGUCCAUUUUAGUCAUUUUGUCAUCAACUGCAUUUGGAUGCAAAUGUAAGUUCAAAAAAAAAUGAACAAACGAACGCAGCUGCAUCCGGAUGCUUCAUCUAGAUGUACUUUCUAAAUGUACAAACGAACAACACCCAGGUAGAGCAUCUGACUGAUCCAUCUGACUGAUCCAUCUGGAUGCACCUUCCAGAUGUACAAACGAACAUGGCCUUAUUCUGUUUGCUUCCAUAAUUGUUUGUUUAGACAUGUUGAUCUUUUUCUUUAAUUAGAAAGUAGACUCCUUCUCUAAAGCUGCAAACCAAUCCACAUGGGUUGGUUAUUCCAAUAAUGUAUUUAGGUAAUGUUAACUUGUAGCAAUUACCAAAGGCAUGAAACAUUACGUGAUAAACUUAAAAACAUAAAUUAAUGUCAAAAUCACGUUUC